AUGCGUCGAAGCACCCGAGCUGCUUACAUCGCCAUUGUUAGUAACUCGGCCUUAAAGGACCAUUUUGCUAUAUGCCAGCAAAGAUCGAACUGCGUGCACUGCAAGUUUCUCUUCAAAUUCUUCGGCUACCACGCCAAAAGGUGCACUGAUGACACGUGCCGGGUGUCAUUCUGCUCUCGCAUAAAGCAGAAAUUUGCGUUGAAUGAAACUUUGUCACAUUAUAAGAGGCAUCAAGCUGUGGAUCUGCUACUCAAAAUAAUCUCAACGGACUACCUCAACUAUUUCGGGGGAGCUCAGGACAAAGCGGCAUACGCGGUCAAAGUGGAAACCUACAUUUACGAACGUGCGUUCACGCAGGACGAAUACUACCGUCUUCUGGCAGUUAAGAUGUGGGACAUACAGAUGGAUAUAGAUGAGAGAGUGGAUGAGAGAUUCGGUUAUUUUUGCGAUCGCCGCGACGUGGAGUCGAAGGCUAGUCAGACUGACGAUGUUCUCAUAGUCCCUAUUCCCCCGGAGGAGAACUAAAAAUUUAACAAGUCUUAAAAGUGUCUUAU